GCCACAGCUUUAUGUAACGCGCAUAACGUGUUUACAAUUUCGCCGAAAGCGCAGCGCCAGCCCGCACGACACGAGGGUUUUGCGUGUUUACGUGUGGCCGUGGCCCGUGCGCGACGUACGAAAUUUCAUAAGAAAUUCGUUGGGGUUUCAAAUGAAUUUAAACUCUUUCCCGAACGAGGUGCUGUGCUACAUUUUUGAUUACCUACCAUGGAAAGAUCGGCAGCGUGUGUCGCUGGUGUGCAGCAGAUGGAACGGCAUUAUCAACUCGGUCCACUAUCUGCGCCGCCAGAAGCUGGUGCUGUACAACUAUGGCAAGGCAAAGUUUUUUUCCGGCGUCGGUGUGCAGCUGCUGUGCCGGCAGAAGAGCAUCGAGUUUUACUCGAACGCCAUGCUGGACACGGAAGAGCUGCUCGACACGAUUGUGAAAUCGUUCAGCACGGGAUCGGCGGAGGUACAGUCGCUGUCGCUGUAUCUGCGGUCGGAGCAUAAGGUAGCGUUCGGGUUGGUGGUGGCCAACAUUCCUAAUCUGCUGCACCUGACCGAGCUAAAGAUCUCGGCCAACGAGGCGCUCACGAACGGAGUCCAGAUUGAUAGUGCCUGUCUAGAGAAGGUUAACAUCUCAUUCUACCAGAAUUCACUCUGCCGGCUCAAUACGCCCCGAUUACACACCCUGCAUCUAACCGUACGGUACCGGAGCGAGAUGGACUUACUGAGCACGGUUUCGGCGCAGCUGAUCGAGCUGAAGGUGUCGUUCAUCUCGAAGGAUCAUGUGGCGCAGCUGUUCGGUUGUGACUUUAGUUCGCUGAAGGUGCUAAAUAUUUUGCUGAAAAACGACAAAUACAUAUCGUACAGUGUUUCCCCGGUACACUUGAGACCGCUCGACAGGACGGGAGUGUUUGCCCGUAGCAUCGUGCGGCUGGAAACGCUUCGAAUCGCGGACAUCUGUAGCAUAUUCGAUUUCGAGUUCCUGCAGAUGUUUUCGCACGCCAAGGCUCUUAAGUCGCUCACUAUCAACUACUUCAAGUUGAUCGGUGAUGUGAGUGAGCUUAUUAACGGGUUUAAGCAGCUAACUUAUCUUAAUCUAGAGGGAUGCCAACGGAUGGAUGCAACGAAAAAGCUGGACCUGCCCGGCCUACAGACCCUGGUGAUGCCUUACAAACAGCUCGCCCUGUUCACCGGCGGCAGUCCGAUGACCAUGCUGACCACGCUCUACUACAACAACACGGCCAAGGACCAAACGAACUUCGUGAAGCAGAUUGCGACCGCUUUCACCAACCUGACCUUCCUGUGUUUGCAAUACUUUGACAACGAGCUCGACUCGAACGCGUUUCUGCAUCUCAACCUGCUGACCAAGCUGCGGGUGCUAGUGAUAGAGAACAUGUCCGUAUCGAGCCAGAUCUAUGCCAACUGCCCAACGGUGCCGCAGCUGGAGCGGCUGGUAAUGGACACGAUCGUGACGGAGGUGUCGAUACUGGACACGGUACCGGCCCGCUUCCCGUCGCUGCAAACGUUCGUCAUUAGCAACUGCUUCCUGUACCUGAUCCCGACGGAUAGUGCCAAACGUUACAUGACGUUCGAUGAGCUGCGCCGCCAGAUGCCGUGCUGUGGCAUCUCGACCAAGGAUUCGACCAUUUUUACCAACAACGUGAAACAAAGCUGAGUUGAGUGGGGUAGAUUUUUUUUUGCGAAGGAGAACCGUGAAUCCGAAAAUCCAACCUAUUCGAUGCGUAAUAGGAUAAUAAGCGAGUGAUAUUAACAGUAAACAAACAGGAACGCGCACUGAUGAAGGGUGGGUUGUACAUUUAUUAUAUAGCAGCAGGAACGUGGCGAUUGUGUGUUUGUGCAGUUUUUGUGCAAUAUAUAUAUGUAUACCUUUAUCACACAUUAUAUUGUGUGAAAAUGAAACUAACAACCAACAGAACUUGUACUUUAUGCAA